AUGGAGAAGUAUCGAUAUAACGAGAAGUAUCGAUAUAUCGAAAGAAUCAAUAUAUCGAAAAGUAUUGAUAUAUCGAUAAGUAUCGAUUAUCGAAAAGAUAUCGAUAAGUAUCGAAAAGAUAUCGAUAAGUAUCGAAAAGAUAUCGAUAAGUAUCGAAAAGAUAUAGAUAAGUUUCGAAAAGAUAUCGAAAAGUAUCGAAAAGACAUCGAAAAGUAUCGAAAAGUUAUCGAAAAGUAUCGAAAAGAUAUCGAAAAGUAUCGAAAAGAUAUCGAAAAGUAUCGAAAAGAUAUCGAAAAGUAUCGAAAAGAUAUCGAAAAGUAUCUAUAUAUAUCGAAAAUAUCGAUAUAUAAGUACCGAAAAGAUAUCGAAAAGUACCGAAAAGAUAUCGAAAAGUACCGAAAAGAUAUCGAAAAGUACCGAAAAGAUAUCGAAAAGUACCGAAAAGAUAUCGAAAAGUACCGAAAAGAUUUCGAAAAGUACCGAAAAGAUAUCGAAAAGUACCGAAAAGAUAUCGAAAAUUACCGUAAAGAUAUCGAAAAGUACCGAAAAGAUAUCGAAAAGUACCGAAAAGAUAUCGAAAAGUACCAAAAAGAUAUCGACAAGUACCGAAAAGAUAUCGACAAGUACCGAAAAGAUAUCGACAAGUACCGAGAAGAUAUCGAAAAGUACCGAAAAGAUAUCGAAAAGUAUCGAAAAGAUAUCGAAAAUACCGAUAUAUCGAAAAGUACCGAAAAGAUAUCGAAAAGUAUCGAAAAGAUAUCGAAAAGUAUCGAAAAGAUAUCGAAAAGUAGCGAUAUAAUAUCGAAAAGUAUCGAAAAGAUAUCGAAAAGUAUCGAAAAGAUAUCGAAAAAUAUCGAUAAGAUUCGAAAAGAUAUCGAUAAGUAUCGAAAAGAUAUCGAUAAGUAUCGAAAAGAUAUCGAUAAGUAUCGAAAAGAUAUAGAUAAGUUUCAAAAAGAUAUCGAAAAGUAUCGAAAAGACAUCGAAAAGUAUCGAAAAGUUAUCGAAAAGUAUCGAAAAGAUAUCGAAAAGUAUCGAAAAGUUAUCGAAAAGUAUCGAAAAGAUAUCGAAAAGUAUCGAAAAGAUAUCGAAAAGUAUCGAAAAGAUAUCGAAAAGUAUCGAAAAGAUAUCGAAAAGUAUCUAUAUAUAUCGAAAAUAUCGAUAUAUAAGUACCGAAAAGAUAUCGAAAAGUACCGAAAAGAUAUCGAAAAGUACCGAAAAGAUAUCGAAAAGUAUCGAAAAGAUAUCGAAAAGUAUCGAAAAUAUAUCGAAAAGUAUCGAAAAGAUAUCAAAAAGUAUCGAAAAGAUAUCGAAAAAUAUCGAAAAGUACCGAAAAGAUAUCCAAAAGUACCGAAAAGAUAUCGAAAAGUACCGAAAAGGUAUCGAAAAGUACCGAAAAUAUAUCGAAAAGUAUCGAAAAGAUAUCGAAAAGUAUCGAAAAGAUAUCGAAAAGUAUCGAAAAGAUAUCGAAAAGUAUCGAAAACAUAUCGAAAAGUAUCGAAAAGAUAUCGAAAAUAUCGAAAAGAUAUCGAUAAGUAUCGAAAAGAUAUCGAUAAGUAUCGAAAAGAUAUCGAUAAGUAUCGAAAAGAUAUCGAUAAUUAUCGAAAAGAUAUAGAUAAGUAUCGAAAAGGUAUCGAUAAGUAUCGAAAAGAUAUCGAAAAGUAUCGAAAAGAUAUCGAAAAGUAUCGAAAAGACAUCGAAAAGUAUCGAAAAGAUAUCGAAAAGAUAUCGAAAAGUAUCGAAAAGAUAUCGAAAAGUAUCGAAAAGAUAUCGAAAAGUAUCUAUAUAUAUCGAAAAUACCGAAAAGAUAUCGAAAAGUACCGAAAAGAUAUCGAAAAGUACCGAAAAGAUAUCGAAAAGUACCGAAAAGAUAUCAAAAAGUACCGAAAAGAUAUCGAAAAGUACCGAAAAGAUAUCGAAAAGUACCGAAAAGAUUUCGAAAAGUACCGAAAAGAUAUCGAAAAGUACCGAAAAGAUAUCGAAAAGUACCGAAAAUAUAUCGAAAAGUACCGAAAAGAUAUCGAAAAGUACCGAAAAGAUAUCGAAAAGUACCGAAAAGAUAUCGAAAAGUACCGAAAAGAUAUCGAAAAGUACCGAAAAGAUAUCGACAAGUACCGAAAAGAUAUCGAAAAGUACCGAAAAGAUAUCGAAAAGUAUCGAAAAGAUAUCGAAAAGUAUCGUUAA